AUUCCCAGUGUGAUCUGAUUCUGUAUCAAUGACGUUAAAUCAAAGAAACGCAUAACCACAAGCUACUUGCCGAAGGCAGCGGAACGUGCCUGCCAGGCAAAACUCCGGGGCCACUUUCCCACCUGCAACUACUGUUGCUAGCAACAGUGUAGUGUUGCCACCUUCACGGACCCGGUGACUCCUGGGCCAAAUACCGUCUGUAACAAGAAAAGUGUGUCGCCAUUGUUCCAUGAUAAGGUCAGCAAAAUGUCCUCUCCAAACUGAAGAUCCAUCGCAUCAAGAUGGAUAAACAUGAGUUGGACUUGACAAGAAUGCAAAGGCAGUUCCGGGUUAUGGAGCGAGAGCAGCAGUCCUACACUACUCAGGCCAGAGAGAGGAUCCGCAGGCAGAAGCAGGAGAUAGAAACGCUCCAGAGAGAACAGAGGGAGCUGAACGAUAACCUGGGAGCCUGCAGGCAUGUAGCCCAACAGCAGAAGGAGAAGAAGGUCACUGACAGUCUCCAGCAGAUAUUGGAAACCUUAGAGAAGGAGAGGCUGCUGCAGCAAGAAAUCAAGAAAGAGGUCUCGGACGUGGAGCGGAAGCUGGCGGAGCAGAGGAAGGGAAAGGUCAGCACCACCGAGGAGCAGAGGAACCAGGCGCGCCGGACCCAGAAGGCCCUUCGCACGGCGGAAAAUAAACUGGACAGAGCCCUGACCAAGUUACACGAGCAGCAGAGCAAAGGCAGAAACCUAAAAGGAGGCCUGCAGAGUCUUCUGAUCGAGCGAGACCAUUUCCAACAGUUGCGCAAUAAGCUUGAGAAGGAGCUACAGGACAUCAGGGUGAAGAUCAAGGAGCUGAUCAAACUGUCCACCGCUGCCUAUGAUGCCAGGUUAGAGGCUCAGGCCAGGAUGAACAUGAUGAGAGAGAAAGCGGAGAAGGACCUGGACCAGUAUAACGCGGAGAUGAAGGAGCUGCAGGUCACUGAGCAUGAGUUUAACCUGAAGGAGUUCAAGACUACAAAGUGCCGAGAGAUGAGCAGCCAGGAGGCGGGGCAUGGACAACUGUCAGACCUGGAGGAGCAGAGGGAGAUGGAGCCCACCACAGAGAUGCUGGAGAGUUUGGAGGAAGCUUUCACCCGGAUCCUGGUGCUGACGAAAGCAGACAACCUGGACAUCGUGGCCACCAGGUUCAUUCAGGUCGAAGAUCGCAACUUUGCACUCUUCAAUUACGUCAAUGAGCAAGCGACUGAGACGGAGGCCGUGAAGGAUCAAAUCAGCCAGAUACAAGAGGAGAUGACGCAGUUCGAGGAGGAGCGUUUGCAGCAGAAGCAAAACUUCGCCGCCUCCCUGGCGGACAUUGACCUCCGGCUGAAGGAGACCACUCUGCAAGCGGAGGAAGAUGACGCCCAGUCUAAAGUCAUGAGUGAACUUCUGAGCCAGAUCAUCGCAGGUCUGAGCAACGUCCUCUCUAAUGUGGAGUGUGGCCGCUCGUCGCUGGAGGAUAAACUGGGCUUCUCAUCGGGCCUCAAUGAGAACAACAUCAUAUCGUACCUCAGCCUGGUGGAGCAGAAGACCAAUGAGCUGCUGAGCAUCCAGGCUUUCCUCCACUACAAGGGCCUGACAAAGGACUACAACCCUAGAGUGUCAUCGAGAUUCCUUCAUGGACAAAACCCUGAAGCAUCUCAGGAGAAAGUGGACUUCCAAGGGGCUUUAAAAAGUCUGGAAACUGAUCAUGAGGAUUCUCCCGUCACUGAUGGAGAACAUUCAUCUGGGAGGAUUCAUCUGUCUAACUGAGGUCAAAGCCGUCAAACCAGCAGGCUCAGGAUGGUGAAGCGCUGGUGUUGAGUGUGGUCUGUUUCAUGACAAGAAAAACAUGAAUUUAAAAACAGACACGUCUCACCGGAGCCAAGCCAAGCAAUUAAUAAAGUUCUAUCUUCUCUGAAGAGUGUAGCCAUGUCUUUUGACUGAACUCCAACCGGUCCAAAUCAAAGAUGUUUAAGUCCAGUGGUGGAUGAAAGUCAAACACGAUGAUCAAAGGCGAGACCAUUACAAAUAUUCCAUGCAGAUUAUUAAA